AUGGCAGACAACAAAGCCAGUGGUGACCGCUCCAUCAACAAGGGCCUCCCCGCUGUCGACCCCGCAGCAGUUGCUGAGAAGCAGGCCUCCCACGUGCAGGGCGACGUGGCAACCGGCGGCGCUGCUGGCGCGUCCGUGGGCGGCCUCGUGGGCGCGGUCGGCGGUCCGGCGGCGGCCGUGACGGGGGCCGCCGCCGGUGCUCUGUCUGGGGCCGUCGCCGGGGCGGUCGUGGCUACUGAGCGCGGCCCUGCGGGUGAUGCAGUGAACAUGGGCGAGUUUAAAGAGGCUGCCGUUGGGCCUGGCGCUGUGGGCGGUGGCAAGCGCGAGAAACGCGACUGA